AUGGUUAACUACGAGGACCAUUUCCGUAUGGCAGCGUCUCAACCCAACAAGGCAACAACGGAGUGGGUGGAGGACAAGGAUGCAAUCGGUGAGGACCAGGGCUUGUGGGAGAGGGCUGCAAAAAAGUUGAGAGAGGAGGACACAACCAAAGUGGCGAGGAAUAAGGAAGAUGAGAGGGAAGCAAAGAUGAAGGAGGAGCUGAAAAUAACGCUUGACCACUACGGCUAUGAGAAGCAGAUGAAGGAGGAGCACAAGAAGAUGAUGGAGAAAUGUUUCGUUUCUGGCGCGCAUGUCAUCCAUGAUGGAGCGCCUGCGCUCCCUCGGCCUCUACCGCUUCCGCUCCGACGACUUCCCUCCCGAGUACAACUACAGCCACCCCGCCGCCAGCGACACCGUCGGCACGAAGCAACAGUACAACAGGAGCAUGUCCAAGCCGGUCGCGAGGAAGCCGGCAAGCAAGACAGGCAAGGAGGCGGAGAAGGCGGCCAGGGCGAAGGUGGCGACCAAGAAGGCGGUCACGGCCGAGGUGAGGAGGCUGGAGCGCGCCCCGGUGCCGACGCCGGCUCGGCUGGUGCAGCACGCGCCGAGGGCUCCCGCGGCUCGCGCGGUGUUGACGGAGGCGAGGCGGCCGGACGUGGGGCCGCCGGAGGCCGCGUGCGUGGACGAGAGGGCGGACGACUUCAUCAACAAGUUCCGACAACAGCUGCAGCUACAGAGGCUCAACUUGCUGCUCAACUACAAGGAGAUGCUCAACCACGACGCAUAGCAGAUGCAGACCAGCACAGGAUUCAACGCUUCGAUUAG